UACGUACGUUAAUGGAAGUCGAUUUUGCCAUUGCAAAUGGACGCGGUGAGGAGCUCUCUCUGCCUCGCUCGUGAGGAGCACUUCCUUCGAUGUUCAUUCCCUUUCCCCUGUUCCUCGCAGUCUGCUCAUUCCCUUCAGUAGCAGUCAGUAGCUCACUUUCCUUCCCCAAACCACCACCACCACCCUACGUGCUCGAAUGCUCGAUCGAUCCAUGAAGUGGGCACCCGACCAGCAGGCUCUCGGCAGCCUCGGCCUCGCCGGCGUCUGCCGGGAGACCUGCCGUGUGAUCCGCCGCGCCAUGCUCCCCAACUUGGUCAACCUCGGUCCCCCGCUGCUCUCCGCCCUCUUCCUCGCCAGCUCCGCCGCCAUCCGCGCCGUCUGCUCCCGCGUCCUCUCCGACCUCCACGACCACGACGGCCCCAGCCUCCUCCGCCUCGUCACCGACCGGCUCGCCUUCUUCCUCCUCGUGGCCGUCUCCAUCGGCGUCGUCCUCCUGCUCGUGCUCCUCUGCACCACCGCCGCCUACGUCUUCUGCGUCGCCUCCCUCUACUGCACCGGGGGCGACCUCCGCGUCGCCGAUCGCGUCCUCAGGGGGUUCCCCACGGUCCCGCUCACGCGGCUGGUCUGCACGUUCAUCUUCGCCGCAGGCCCAUUUCUUGUGAUCUGCACCUCCCUCUUCGUCGCCGGCUUGUUCCAUCCCCAGGAGCUGCUGGGCGCUCCGAACAAGAUCAUGCCGACGAUGCACCUGCUCGCAUGGGCCGCGUGCCUCGCCGGCGCGGCCUACUUCGCCGUGGUGUGCCAGCUGGCCUGCGUGGUGUCCCUGCUCGAGGACGCCAUGCUCUUCCGCGCCCUGCGCAAGAACCGUGCGCUCCUCGCCGGCAAGUUCUGGGCGGCCGCCGGCGUAUUCGUCACGCUCGACGGCUGCAUCUUCGCCGUGCUGGCGGCUUUCCCCGUUCUGGUGGUGGACGAUGCGCUGGGCCUCGGCCUCGGGUUCCAGCUGGCCGCCGGGGUGGCGAUGGCGGUGGCUCUGUGCGCGGCCGUGCUGUUGACGCUGGUGGCGCAGCCGGUGGUCUACAUGGUGUGCAAGAACCACCACCACGAGGUCGUCGACAAGGUUCACCUCGACUGAGUACGAGCGGCCGUCAGUCACACCGGCGUGGAGCCGCUGCAGCCCGUCUGAGACGAAGCAGAUUGCAGCAACUCGGCCUGGCUAGCUGCAUCCUGUCCACGAUUCCACGGUGGUAGCUACGUGAAGAAGAUUUGACUUAACUAGGAGUACAGUAGAUUAGUAGUAGUAGUAGUAAGUUGCUGUAGUCAAGUUUAUGUGUGAUUAUCACUGCACCGGAUAUGCAUGCUUGGGAUUGUAUAUGUGUGAUGGUUUGUGAGACUCGAGUAGGAGUGCUUGGUAGCAGCUAGUACAACUGUUUAAGCUUGAGAAAUUUGCAGAAACCGUUAUUUUGUUC